GCCUUCCCUCCCCAAUUCGGUCGCCGCUUCCCCCCCGCCCCCUCUCCCGCCCUCCUCCCGCGGCCGCAGGGCGGGGGCGGUGGGGCCGGCCGGCCGUGGGCAGGGCGGGGAGCGCGGGGACCUUGUGCGCUCGGCGAGCGGGCGGCGGCAGGUUCACGGGCGCCUCGUCCCGGCCCCCGGCUGGCGGCUGGCUGGUGGCGGGGUCGGCCCCGCGGCGCCGAGACUGUACAUGCCAUUUGGCUUGGGGAACAGAACACGCCAUGGGACAAGCUCAAAGAUAUCUCUUCAGACGGGGUCUUUUACUUGGGUGAUGUGUCUGCUCUCCUGACUGUCUCCAUACCCAAAGGAUUUAUUUUCGUUUUGGAAAUAUUUUAAGUUGAAAUCUUUUUCCUUACUGGAAACUGUCUACACGAAAGACUGCACGCAUCAUGGGUGAUAUGGCAAACAACUCGGUUGCAUAUAGUGGCGUAAAAAAUGCUGUAAAAGAAGCUAAUCAUGGAGAUUUUGGAGUUACUCUUGCAGAGCUCCGUUCUCUUAUGGAACUUCGAGCUACAGAUGCACUGCAUAAAAUACAGGAAUGCUAUGGAGAUGUACAUGGCAUCUGUGCAAAAUUGAAAACUUCACCAAAUGAAGGUUUAAGUGGAAAUCCAGCAGAUAUAGAAAGGAGAGAAGCAGUUUUUGGGAAGAACUUUAUACCUCCUAAAAAGCCAAAAACAUUUCUUCAGUUAGUAUGGGAAGCACUACAGGAUGUUACACUAAUCAUAUUAGAAAUUGCAGCCGUAGUAUCCUUGGGCCUUUCUUUUUACCAGCCUCCAGGAGGAAAUGAAUCAUUAUGUGGAUCAGUAAAUGUUGGUGAAGAAGAGGACGAAUCUGAAGCAGGUUGGAUUGAAGGAGCAGCAAUCCUCCUAUCUGUAGUUUGUGUGGUAUUAGUAACAGCUUUCAAUGACUGGAGUAAAGAGAAACAGUUUCGGGGCUUGCAGAGCCGUAUUGAACAAGAACAGAAAUUCACAGUCAUCAGAGGUGGCCAAGUCAUCCAAAUACCAGUAGCUGACAUAAUUGUUGGAGAUAUUGCACAAGUGAAAUAUGGUGAUCUUUUACCAGCUGAUGGUGUACUCAUUCAAGGAAACGACCUCAAAAUUGAUGAAAGUUCACUGACUGGAGAAUCUGAUCAUGUUAAGAAAUCUCUGGACAGAGAUCCUAUGCUGCUGUCAGGUACACAUGUGAUGGAAGGCUCUGGAAGAAUGGUUGUUACUGCUGUAGGUGUGAACUCUCAGACUGGAAUCAUCUUUACCUUACUUGGGGCUGGAGGAGAUGAAGAAGAGAAGGAGAAGGAAAAAGAGAAGAAGGACAAAAAAAGUAAAAAGCAAGAUGGAGCUGUUGAAAACCGUAACAAAGCUAAAGCUCAGGAUGGUGCAGCCAUGGAAAUGCAACCACUGAAGAGUGAGGAUGGUGGCGAUGGAGACGAGAAAGACAAGAAGAGAGCAAAUUUGCCAAAGAAAGAAAAGUCAGUUCUUCAAGGCAAACUUACAAAGCUUGCAGUUCAGAUUGGCAAAGCAGGUUUGUUGAUGUCUGCAAUCACAGUCAUUAUCCUUGUAUUAUAUUUUGUAAUUGAUACCUUCUGGGUUCAGAAGAGACCGUGGCUUGCUGAAUGUACACCAAUUUAUAUUCAGUAUUUUGUGAAGUUCUUCAUUAUUGGAGUUACAGUCUUGGUGGUGGCAGUACCAGAAGGUCUUCCACUUGCAGUUACUAUAUCUCUUGCUUACUCUGUUAAGAAAAUGAUGAAAGAUAAUAACUUGGUGAGACACCUGGAUGCGUGUGAAACGAUGGGCAAUGCGACAGCUAUUUGCUCAGAUAAAACGGGAACAUUGACCAUGAACAGAAUGACAGUGGUCCAAGCCUACAUCAAUGAAAAACAUUAUAAGAAAAUUCCAGAACCAGAAGCUAUUCCAGAGAAAACUAUGGCUUACCUUGUGACAGGAAUUUCUGUUAAUUGUGCUUAUACUUCCAAAAUACUGCCUCCUGAAAAAGAAGGUGGCCUACCACGUCAUGUUGGAAAUAAAACUGAAUGUGCCUUGCUGGGAUUACUCUUGGAUUUAAAACGUGAUUAUCAGGACGUAAGAAAUGAGAUACCAGAAGAGGAUUUAUACAAAGUGUACACCUUCAACUCUGUUAGAAAGUCUAUGAGUACUGUGUUAAAAAACUCCGAUGGCAGUUUCCGGAUAUUCAGUAAAGGUGCCUCUGAGAUAGUUCUUAAAAAGUGCUUCAAAAUACUGAGUGCUAAUGGAGAACCCAAAGUAUUUAGACCUAGGGACCGUGAUGAUAUUGUGAAAACUGUAAUUGAGCCGAUGGCUUCUGAAGGGCUCAGAACAAUCUGCCUGGCAUUCAGAGACUUCCCAGCAGGGGAACCUGAGCCAGAAUGGGACAAUGAAAAUGAUAUUGUUACUGGUCUGACGUGCAUUGCUGUUGUUGGGAUUGAAGAUCCUGUGAGACCUGAGGUACCUGAUGCAAUAAAGAAGUGUCAACGUGCAGGCAUAACUGUACGUAUGGUCACUGGUGAUAACAUUAACACAGCUCGUGCUAUUGCUUUAAAAUGUGGUAUUCUGAAUCCUGGUGAAGACUUCCUGUGUUUAGAGGGCAAAGACUUUAACAGGAGAAUACGCAAUGAAAAAGGAGAGAUAGAGCAAGAGCGAAUAGAUAAAAUUUGGCCAAAGCUUCGUGUUCUUGCAAGGUCUUCUCCCACUGACAAACACACUCUAGUAAAAGGUAUAAUUGACAGCACUGUCUUUGAGCAGAGGCAAGUUGUAGCAGUAACUGGUGAUGGUACCAAUGAUGGUCCAGCUCUGAAGAAGGCAGAUGUUGGUUUUGCUAUGGGUAUUGCUGGAACAGAUGUAGCUAAAGAAGCUUCUGAUAUUAUCCUUACAGACGACAACUUCACAAGUAUUGUUAAAGCAGUUAUGUGGGGACGAAACGUAUACGACAGCAUCUCCAAAUUUCUUCAGUUCCAGCUUACUGUCAAUGUAGUAGCAGUUAUUGUAGCUUUUACAGGAGCAUGCAUAACACAAGAUUCUCCACUUAAAGCUGUGCAGAUGCUGUGGGUAAAUCUCAUAAUGGACACGUUAGCUUCUCUUGCCCUGGCAACAGAACCACCCACUGAAGCUCUUCUGUUACGAAAGCCUUAUGGUAGAAACAAACCUUUGAUUUCUCGUACAAUGAUGAAGAACAUUUUGGGUCAUGCAUUCUACCAACUUGUAGUGGUCUUCACACUCCUGUUUGCUGGUGAGAGAAUUUUUGAUAUCGAUAGUGGAAGAAAUGCACCUCUGCACGCUCCUCCUUCAGAGCAUUAUACGAUUGUAUUUAAUACAUUUGUGAUGAUGCAGCUUUUUAAUGAAAUCAAUGCCCGAAAAAUUCAUGGUGAAAGAAACGUUUUUGAAGGAAUCUUUAACAAUGCUAUCUUCUGUUCCAUUGUUCUGGGGACGUUUGUUGUGCAGAUAAUCAUUGUGCAGUUUGGUGGGAAGCCUUUCAGUUGCUCAGAACUCUCGAUUGAACAGUGGCUGUGGUCCAUUUUCCUGGGCAUGGGAACACUACUGUGGGGCCAGUUGAUUUCAACAAUUCCAACCAGCCGUCUGAAAUUCCUUAAGGAAGCUGGUCAUGGAACACAAAAGGAAGAGAUUCCUGAAGAAGAACUAGCAGAAGAUGUAGAGGAGAUUGAUCAUGCCGAGAGAGAACUACGUCGUGGUCAGAUCUUGUGGUUUAGGGGCCUAAACAGGAUACAAACUCAGAUGGAUGUAGUGAAUGCUUUCCAGAGUGGAAGUACCAUUCAGGGGGCUCUAAGGCGGCAACCCUCCAUCGCCAGCCAGCAUCAUGAUGUAACAAAUAUUUCUACCCCUACACAUAUCCGAGUGGUGAAUGCAUUUCGUAGCUCCUUGUAUGAGGGGCUAGAGAAACCUGAGACACGAAGUUCGAUUCACAAUUUUAUGACACAUCCUGAGUUUAGAAUAGAAGACUCCGAGCCUCAUAUUCCCCUUAUUGAUGAUACUGAUGCUGAAGAUGAUGCUCCAACAAAACGCAACUCUACUCCCCCACCCUCUCCCAAUAAAAAUAACAAUGCGGUUGACAGUGGAAUUCACCUUACAACAGACAUGAAUAAGUCUGCUACCUCUUCAUCCCCAGGGAGCCCGCUACAUAGUUUGGAAACAUCACUCUGAUUGUAAGCUGAAUGUUAACACACUAGCUGCAUUGUAAAGAAAUUGAAACUGGGUCUCCUCACACAUUAUGAUGGACAAGAUGAUAUUCUUGUCUUGGACUUCAACAGAAGACACACUUGUACGAAUGUAGAUUUAUUUUUUUAAAAAAAAAAGCUUUCUGCCAGACUGGAGGGUGCUUUUCUGGGGGUGGGAGUAAUAAUGGACUCUGACAGAAAAACAGUAACUCAGCAUAAGUGACCUGUGGAUCAUCUAUUGUACUUAAGAAUGGUCCUGAACAGUGUGUUAGCAGAGCUUUAGAUUAUCAUGAUCCUUUUCUGAGGGGAAGGCUGGGAAGGGCAAGGAAGCCCUGGAUCGUUGAAUUGAUACUUUAAUUUCUGCUGUUGGCUGUUAAUAAUUUGGAUUAUUUAUGUUUAUAAAUGAUACCGAUCUGUUUACAAGGUUUGUAGAUACUUUUUUUGUUCCUGUUCAUAGAUGGGAAGCUUCCUUAUAAAUGAUGCAGAGAAAAAAAAAAAAAAACCAACAACAAAAAAACUAGUCCUUCAAAUACUGCUGUAUUUUCAGGAAAAGGGUGUUUCUAUUGAAACUGUACUAAAUUUUGCCUGCAAUUUACCUUGUUAAAUAUUGUAGAUAAAUUGCUAAUACUAAUAGCCAAAUAGAUAACACUAAUGCUUUGUAAAAACAUGAGCAGUGGUGUUCUAAUGAAGUUAUGGCCUCUGUCCUAAUUAGUUUCUUAAAUACAUUUACUACUUAAUGGUUUUGAAACAACUGUUUAAUUUUUAAAAAUUUUGAGAAACUUACUGAAUAACUUUUGUUCAGAACUUAGUAGGAUUGUUUAAUGCAGGACAUCAAUAUGUGAUGGAACUUGCUUGAAAUAUUUCUGUUAUCCGGGCAAAAUGGAUUAAAUCAAAAUACAUCAGAAUCUUAGUCCUUUGUUUUUGUCUAAACAUGUUAGUUUAGUGCUGUCUUGGUGAACUGUGAGUGGAACUGUGAUUUUUUUUUUUCUAAUCUAUAGAAUCCUUCAUGCAGCAUGAGGGCUGUUGGCAUUUUGAAAGGUUGUUAGUGGGUAGCAUACAUGUUCUCCUUUUUGUUUUUGGAACUUGUUUGUAAACAUGAAUAAAUCUGCCCUUUUGUUAAAAUAAAAUUGCAGCGAUGGUUUCUUACA